AUGACGGAUCUUUCGACAGUCGCGGCGGUGUUGGAAACACCCAUAGCUGGCCUGCCGGCCGUGGGAGCGCCGAACCGUGAAGACGCACGCAGGCUGUUUAUGGGCAACCUGCCUAAGGUGAAAUCAGAAGUUGAAAUUUGCGAGGAAGUUAGCCGGAUCACUGACGGCCUGGUGCGCGUCAUCACGUACAAGAACUUCGAAAACCCCUUGUUGCACCGGGGCUUCUGUUUCCUGGACUACGAGUCCAGCACGGCGGCCGCGGAGGCCAAGCGCCGGCUCUUCCGGUGCACGGUGUUUGGGUGCAAGACGAUCGUCGACUGGGCUGAUCCGGAACCGGAAGUGGACGCCCAACAGAUGGCCACAGUCCGGAUUCUGUUCGUCCGACAGUACGGUGGCACGCUUGACGAGCGUACGCUAGCUGAAGUGUUCGGCCGGUACGGCAAGGUUGAAAGGGUCAAAAACCUGAAGAACUACUCGUUCGUUCACUUCGAACGUCGGUCGGACGCCCGGGAUGCUAUGAACGCUCUGGACGGCGCCGUGGACGAAGCGUCCGGCGUCCGAGUCGACGUGUCGUGGGCCAAACCACCUGCCGAAAAGCGAAUCCGGGAACAGGUGCUCCGCGACCGGGAGAGGCGAAUCCGGCUGCAGGCGUACGCGAUGCCCCGUACCGAGCACAAUUUCGUUCCCAACGUCCGGUUUAACAACAAGACGACGUUCUUAGCAAACACCUCCUCGUUCACCUCUAACACCAACACCAGUAUCUCAUCCAUCUCCACCGUACCAUACUCCAACUACGAUCACUACGAAUACAACUUUGGCCGAAAGACGUACGCUUGCACGUGCCAAGAUAAACGGAGCUUCGAAACGGAUCCACUGCAACGACAACCGGAACAACAACGAAGACAAUCGGAACAACAACAAAACUGCCGAUGCAUCGUCGGUACGUCAGUUCCGACAGCGGCGGACUCGUUGGUGGACAGUUGCUGUCAUAGUUCCGAACGCGUUAACCGCUAUGAUGACAGCGGCCGAACAUGGCGGCAGCAACAGCGGAUGCCACUCCAACAACGGCACACAGUUGACACCCACUUCGCUGGAUCUUCCACUGCUCGACACGAUCACGGUGAUUGUGCCAACGACAUUUCAGACUUGGACUCGAUUAUUUUGAACUUUUUCCACAAGAUGAGUCACACCACCUGA